GAAAAGAGCGCCAAAAGCAGCGCGAAAAAAGAAAGAAAGACAGGCAGGCAGUAAGAAAGAAGAAGAAGAAGAAGAAGCAACGAGCCAACUGAGUGGCAGCCAACGGCGAACGUAACAAACUUGUUUUACACGAGACGCUGGCGUCGCCUACUACGCAAGUUGAACCUUCAAAAGGUUCAUUUACCUCUUGCCACGAAGAGCGUUCGGUCGUCUGGCGAACGAGUCGGAGCCGAGUUUUUUUUGUUGUUUUUGUUGUAUGUAUUUUUCCCGGGGAGGGGAGUAAGGAGGAGCGGGCGAAAUAAAAAAUGUACUUUCGCUUUUUUCAAUGCCUCGGCGCCAAAAACUAGUUUUCCAGCUCUCAAAUCUCUCGGAGAGCGCACGAGCAAUAUUGCAGCAAUAUUGCUGUUGGCCGAUGUUGCAGUUGCCACUGCUCUUGCUGCCGCAGCCGCUGCUGCUGCUGCUGCUGCUGCUUUUGGGCCACAGUUAAACGACCGAGCCGCAGAGUUCAACGACUCUUGUAAAAUUUCUCGAAGGUUUCGCAUUGCAACACCCAACGAGCAGUCGCAACUUGUUCGAAGCUGCAUUUGCAUUCCCUCUCUCUCUGUCCCUCUCUCUCUCUCUCUCUUGUUCUUACUUGCUCUCCCUCUCUCUGGUUCUCUCUUUCGUGUGCUGAAUGCUGUUCAUUGCACUCGGCCUCGUUUCGUUCGGCUGCAAUUUUUGCACGACGUCAGAGGCUGAGCAAAAUACGAAUUCGGGAGAGGGGGGCUUGGGGCAGCAUGGUUGAGAAGGGGGCGGGGGAGGGGGUUUGCAGUUUGUCGCCGAGUGCAGCGACUUCUAUUUGGGUCAGGCACGGUCAUUCGCCUCUGCCGCAGCGACGACAUCGACGGCAUUGGCGCGCAUUUAUUCGAAAAUGAUUAGACACGAAAUGGAAUUAUUUUUGCGUAUGCGUUUGAAGUCCGCUCGCUGGCAAAGCGCGUAGAUGCAGAUCAGCUUGACCCAAUUUUCUAUAGCGGGGGAGAAUUAUUUCUGAACUUGUAAACAAGUUGGCUAUUUAUUGGGUUUUUUUCGGAGGGAAUUGUAAAGGUCAGGGAUGGCAGAAGAAAGUUGGGAGAUAUAAAUGUUAGUAAGGACAGUAGUUGAAAAAAUAACUUUUUCGUGGUUUAUAUUAAUUGUUUAAUUUUUGGAGGCAGUACAAAAGGUCGUAGUCGUGCCUUCCAAUGAUUAAAGAGUUGUAAUUUAUGUUUAUUUUAAUGUUUAUGUUUGCCACUCAGCCUCUGUAAUUUGUAAACUUACUUAUCCUUCGGCCGAACGCAAAUUGGCCUCAAAACGCAAACAACGAAAUUAGUUGAAUGCGCCUGUGCUUUUGAAUGGCUUUUGUUUGGUUUUCGCCUUUUGUUCUCCGCACUUCAUCGAUGAGAAAUGAAACGAGGCACGACCUUUUCAUGUAAAAUUAAUAAUAUGGCACAGGGUCUACUCUACCCUGAGCGAUCCGAGCGAUGUCAAGUGCCGUAUGCUAUAGGCUAUAUGCUAUAUGCACUAUAUGCACGGCGACGGCCUCCCCGACGUUUUUCAUUGAGGCAUUUUUCAUGACCCACAAAAACCAAACCAGCGAGCGACGACGUCGAAGGCUCCAAACCGAAAAUAAAAACAAAAAUAAAAAUACCCGCUUAUGCGGGGGCUUUCUUUCGUCUUUCGUCUUGAGAAAUUCAAGAAACUUCGAAACAUACGCAUGAUGACUUCGUUAUUAUUGUUAUUAUUAUUACUCGGGGUUUGGGGUUCACUGCGGCCCCUUUCUUUGGAGUAUCACUUCUUUUGUGUGCCCCCCUUUGUUUGUCCGCCCAACUCUUUCCACACGCUUCGAUCGCGUUGUAAACAACUUACGCAAGCAAACCGAAAACCAAAGCAACAACAAUUGUGUCGCUUAUGUGACUUUACGUAAAGCCAUCCAGAGGUGUCUGUGAAUCACCUCUACCUCUGCUUUACCCAAAACCGAAAGUAGGCCUACCCCACCGCCCCCUCCCCUCCCCAUUUCUCCGCCUUGUGGGUGCAAUGAACUCGAGCGUCUCGUAAACAACUAGCUUGGCUCUCGGCUUUCGUUUAGUGUUUCCCCGUAAUUCAGGAAGUCGGACGCUCAAGUGGCCAAACAAUAACAAGAAAUCACAAUUCGGGUUUAGAAAGCAACUUGAUACACGGCACUUGGGAUGUCUUGUCGCAGUGAAAGUGAAACUUGUUAAUUGGCUUUUAAUUGCCGGGCAUUAUUGUGAAUGUCAAUUAUGACCAGAGCGAUGCUAUUGAACUGGUUUACUGCCAACUCGCAGAAGAGUCUUGCAUAAGUUAAGCGUUGCAGAUGAAAGAUAAAAUAUAAACAAAUUUUUGUAUUAACUGACUUAAAUAUUAAGGAAGUAAGAUCUUUAUUUGGAAUCUUAAAAUCAAGUAUAUGUAAUUAUUUAGCAAAAAUACAUUUAGUUAACGCAACCAGAAAAUGUAAUAAGUAAAACCAUUAAAUUACCCCCUGUUAUCACAUCGCCAUCGCUUCGUUUUUGGGCCACCUUCGCCCCAGUUGAAUCCAGUUGUCUCUCCGUCUAUCCGCCUUUUGGUGUGUUCGGUCUUUAGCCCCAAUCUUCGGGGCGUUAUGCAAUCGUUAUAGGCCUACCCAACGGUGUUGACCAAUCAACUUGCAUUUCCACGGCACGCACGAAAAUUUCUACCCGAAAAAGAGCCAAACAACUUUCACUUUUACUUUCGUCGCAUCGCCGGACGGAAUGAUUAUUAAAUGUUGCUCGUUGUUCGUUGUUCGUUCGUUACGUUUUUGUGGCCUCAUUCGGGCGGCUAAGUUCAAUGACCAGUGUGGUUGGGGUAAACCGAAGCGACUCGAUGACAAAGCCAGAGUUUGGAUAAACAAACAAUCUGGAACACUCACGUCUGUUGGCGGUGAUCGCAGUGAGUCAGCUGUGUGCCAGCGGCAAAAUCUGCAUUUGCGUAAAUGCAAACUCACAAACUCAUGAGCUGCUUAACCCUCGAUAAGCAGACGGGGCCAGUGGCGUCGUAAAUUAUCCACUCGAGCGUGAAGUCAUCAAGUUUGAUUUAACUGUCGCAUUACUGGCCUCAGCCACCAGCCUCCAGUCUACAUUUUCCACCUGCCAACGUGACGUAUGCGCAAUGUUCCAAGCGCACAUCACUCAUACGCACCGUGAAAAUUGCCGCAGUGCAAAAUAUUCAAAUGACAAGUAUGGCAAAAGCUUUGUGAAAGCUUGCGCAACUCAACACCAUUGCUCUUGCGUGGUGAAAAGCUCUGCGAAGCUUAAGAGCUCUUAAGAGAGUAUUUUGCUCUUGGGUCCUCUCUUCCGAGUUUGUUGAACUUUCCUGACCGCUGGUGUUCGAGAAAAAAAGAUGUAAGCAACGAUAAAGCGCCCUUAAAAAAAGGAGCUGUGGCAAGCUUAUCAGGAAAGCUUAUCAGUGCUUGAACUUGCUUUGUUUUGUUGGGUGGGUCAUUGUUUCAAUAUUAUUAAAGCACAAUUACAGGAUGAGUGUGCAAAGUAAAAAUAUUGAAGAGACAAAGGAUAAGUCAUCGUGCUUAAAUAUUGAAUUUAUUUUCGCAAAUUAAAAAUAACAAAGAACAGAAGUACAUUAAAUAAUUUAAAUAUUUUAAAUAACAAUUAAUGUAAUUAAAAAUAGGUUGAUGGAACUUCCAGUCUUAUCACUACUGAGUCACUCACUUCUCUUUCGCUGGCUUGUUGCCCCCGCACAAUAACAAAGGUUGCUUUCAACCAGAGAGCUUUCCCUCUCUUAGCUGCGCUCUUUGGCUCUCUUUGGAGCGCCCCGUUGGUCGUUGCCUCUGGCGGCUUUUUGUGUUUUGUGCGGCGUUUUCAGUGUUCAGUUUUCCGCUUCGGUCUCUGUUUUGAGACCAGAGCUCAGUCGCCGUCGCAGUCGCCGCAGCUGAGGUUCGCUCUCCCCGAUUUGCCCGCUACGAGACGAUACCAUACCAAACCAUACCAUACACUGGGUAUAUUCGUAACGCGCUUUGGCUUUUACAGUUAGUCGCGUUCGAGACCUUGUCGAGUUUUGUCAUAUUAGCCAGCGAUCCGCGGGAUCCGAAAUAAGCCCAGAACAACGCGAGUGCGGCAGUUGCCACAAGUAUUUAAGCCAACACUUAAGGGCGAUUAAAUACGAGUUAAACAAAUAUAAUUUAAUUUAAACAAAAUGCUGAUUGAUGCCAAUGAAUGUUAAACGCAAUUGUUAGUGUGAAGAAAAGUCGACCAAGUCUCCCAAACUCAAACACUCGUCUGUCUGGAUUACGCGCCCAAAAUAAAACCAACUAAACUAACCAACCACUAAUUUAUUUGCUAAAUAUUCCAAAAAUCAAAUCAAUGUGAAAAGCAAGCAAACAAAGUUCCUCUCACAACAAAACAGCUAAAAAAGUUAAUUAAAAUAUUUAACCGAGAAUAAGUGCAAACAAGAUAACAAGUUUCUCAAGCAAAUAUCCAUGUACCUGAGUACCAACCAAAAAAAAGAAAACAAGCUGUGUGUGUGCCAAAAACCAAGAAGAAUUACCCAAACAAAAUAUUUAAUGUGCAAGCCCAACUGAGUGGUUGAUGUGCCCCCAAAGGGAGAAGUGACCAAGUCAAGAUAUUCCGUCAAGAUAAACCCCCAAAGCAAGCACAGAAAGCAUCAAAAUGGGCGAAGAACUGCCGAUAUUGAAGGGCAUAUUGAAAGGCAACGUCAACUAUCACAAUGCGCCUGUGCGUUUUGGUCGCGUGCCGAAGCGCGAAAAAGCGCGUAUCCUGGCGGCCAUGCAGCAGAGCACCCAGAAUCGCGGCCAGCAGCGCGCCCUCGCCACCGAGCUCGACGACCAGCCACGCCUCCUCGCCGCCGUGCUGCGCGCCCACCUCGAGACCUGCGAGUUCACCAAGGAGAAGGUCUCCGCGAUGCGGCAGCGGGCGCGCGACUGCCCCUCCUACUCCAUGCCCACACUUCUGGCCUGUCCACUGAACCCCGCCCCUGAACUUCAAUCAGAGCAGGAGUUCUCGCAGCGCUUCGCCCACGUGAUCCGCGGCGUGAUCGACUUCGCCGGAAUGAUCCCCGGAUUCCAGCUGCUCACCCAGGACGACAAGUUCACCCUGCUAAAGGCGGGACUCUUCGAUGCGCUGUUCGUCCGCCUGAUCUGCAUGUUCGACUCCUCGAUCAACUCGAUCAUCUGCCUGAACGGCCAGGUGAUGCGGCGCGAUGCCAUUCAGAACGGAGCGAAUGCCCGCUUCCUGGUGGACUCCACCUUCAACUUUGCGGAGCGCAUGAACUCGAUGAACCUGACAGAUGCCGAGAUUGGACUCUUCUGCGCCAUCGUUCUAAUUACGCCGGAUCGCCCGGGAUUGCGCAAUCUGGAGCUGAUCGAGAAGAUGUACUCGCGGCUCAAGGGCUGCCUGCAGUACAUCGUGGCCCAGAACAGGCCCGACCAGCCGGAGUUCCUGGCCAAGCUGCUGGAGACGAUGCCCGACCUGCGCACCCUGAGCACCCUGCACACCGAGAAGCUCGUCGUCUUUCGCACCGAGCACAAGGAGCUCCUCCGCCAGCAGAUGUGGUCCAUGGAGGACGGCAACAGCAGCAGCGACGGCCAGCAGAACAAGUCGCCCUCGGCCAGCUGGGCGGACGCCAUGGACGUGGAGGCGGCCAAGAGUCCGCUGGGCUCCGUUUCGAGCAGCGAGUCCGCCGAUCUCGACUACAGCAGUCCCAGUAGUUCGCAGCCGCAGGGUGGCGCCUCCCUUCCCUCGCCACCGCAGCAGCAGCAGCAGCAGCAGCAGCAACCCUCUUCGCUGGCCAGCUCCGCUCCCCUGCUGGCCGCCACGCUCUCCGGCGGCUGUCCGCUCCGCAAUCGCGCCAAUUCGGGAUCCAGCGGCGACUCCGGUGCCGCCGACAUGGACAUCGUCGGCUCGCACGCCCAUCUCACCCAGAACGGGCUGACAAUCACGCCAAUCGUGCGCCACCACCAUCACCAGCAGCAACAUCAGCAGCAGCAGCCCCACCACCCGCAGCAGCAGCAACAGCAACAGCAGCAGCAGCAGUUGCACCACCAGCAGCACCCGCAACUGCACCACCAUCUGACCGCCGGAGCGGCGCGCUACAGGAAGCUGGACUCCCCGACGGAUUCGGGCAUCGAGUCGGGCAACGAGAAGAACGAGUGCAAGGCGGUGAGCUCGGGGGGCAGCUCCUCCUGCUCGAGUCCGCGCUCCAGCGUGGAUGACGCUUUGGAUUGCAGUGAUGCCGCCGGCAAUCAGGCGCAGGUGGUGCAGCAUCCGCAGCUGAGCGUGGUGGCCGUGUCGCCCGUCCGCUCGCCGCAGCCCUCGAGCAGCGGCCACCUGAAGCGGCAGAUCGUGGAGGACAUGCCCGUGCUGAAGCGGGUGCUCCAGGCGCCGCCGCUCUACGACACCAACUCGCUGAUGGACGAGGCCUACAAGCCGCACAAGAAGUUCCGGGCGCUGCGCCACCGCGAGUUCGAGACCGCCGAGGCGGACGCCAGCAGCUCCACCUCCGGAUCGAACAGCCUGAGCGCCGGCAGUCCCCGUCAGAGUCCCGUGCCGAACAGCGUGGCCACGCCCCCGCCCUCCGCGGUUGGGGGAGGCGGAGCACUGGGCAGCCCCGCCAGCCAGAGCCAGAGCCAGCUGCACAUGCACCUGACCCGCUCCAGUCCCAAGGCCUCGAUGGCCAGCUCGCACUCCGUUCUGGCCAAGUCGCUGAUGGCCGAGCCAAGGAUGACGCCCGAGCAGAUGAAGCGCAGCGACAUCAUCCAGAACUAUCUGAAGCGGGAGAACAGCUCGGCGGCCAGCAGCACCACCUCCAGCGGAGUGGGCAACCGCAGUCCCAGCAGCAGCUCCACCCCACCACCGUCGGCGGGUCAAGUGGGUCAGGUGCAAGGCCAGGUGGGUCAGCAGCAGCGGUGGGGCAGCAGCUCGGUGAUCACCACCACCUGCCAGCAGCGCCAGCAGUCCGUCUCGCCGCACAGCAACGGCUCCAGCUCGAGCUCCAGCUCCAGUUCGAGCUCCAGCUCCAGCUCGUCCACCUCCUCCUCCACCUCCUCCUCGAACUCCAACUCGAACUCCAACUGCAGCAGCAGCUCCGCCGGCAGCUGCCAGUACUUCCAGUCGCCGCACUCCACCAGCAAUGGCACCUCGGCCCCGGCGAGCUCCAGUUCUGGUGGCUCCAGUGGUGCUGCUCCUCUGCUGGAGCUCCAGGUGGACAUCGCCGACUCGGCGCAGCCGCUGAAUCUGUCCAAGAAGUCGCCCACGCCGCCGCCCAGCAAGCUGCACGCCCUGGUGGCCGCCGCCAAUGCCGUUCAGCGGUACCCCACGCUGUCCGCCGACGUCACCGUCACCGCCUCGAACGGCGGCCCUCCGUCGGCGGCGGCGAGUCCGGCGCCCAGCAGCAGUCCGCCGGCGAGCGGAGUGGGCUCCCCCAAUCCCGUUUUGGCCAGCGCAGUGCACAAGGUCAUGCUGGAGGCGUAAGAAGGGGGAGUGGCAGUGGAAGAGUGGAGAGGAAGUGGGAGAGACAGAGACUGGGAGUGGCGAAGGAAGCGGGAUCGCAGGAUCACCGGGAUCACUGGGAGGAUCUUUGGAAGCAGAAUAGAUC